AGAAGCGUUCAGCCAAUCGGUGUUGGCCACAGAAGAGCCCAACCAAUUAGAGCUCCAGGACAGAAAAUAGGCUUUAGAGGCCUACGAUACCAGCCUACCCACCUCAUCAUGGCUCCCAGUCUCCCCAUCUCCUCAAGGCUUCCCCUCUCACCCUCACUGCCCCACUACCAUGGAGUAGAGUCCUAUCCAGUCAGGAGCCCUGUCUUCAGCUUCACCCUCUCCCCCAACCCAGCCUGGCCAAGAUUUACUGAGGCCAGCCAAUCUCCCCUCUCCUCCCCCUGCUUGGUGUCCCCCUCCUCUCCUCCUGCUGUCCAGGUCUCCCUCAGCUUCCCAGCUGAUGCCGACGUACCAGGGACCGUGACUCCAGACACUUCCAUCACAGAGGAUAUUCCGGGGUUGGCCUUUGAGCGCUACCUCCAACCUACAGUGAGGUGUAGCCUGUCACCACGGGAGCCAGCUGUUGCAGAGGAGAUGCUGUCGCCCAUGGUGAUAGACGUAGAAAUGUUGAGUCCGUUGGCUCCGUCUGAAGAGAACCCUCAGGAGGAAGUGUCAACUCCCACAGCAUCUCCCAGUUUCACACAAAUGUUCAUCCCACGGAUCACACAGCCAGUUGAGUCAGACCUGUUGCUGUUCACCCCUGAUCAGAUGGACAGAGUGAGGCAGUCAAUGUGCCCCAGUGACCUCAUGUCGUUCACACCUCCCUCUGACAGAACCAGCAACUGAUGAGACUGAUUUGCAUAACUGUU